AUUAAUUUAUUUUUAUUUUAAGUUAAAAAUUAUUUUAUAUGCCUAUGAUAAAUGUGGUGAAUCGUAGAUAUCAUUAGCUGUAUGCCUGUAUGUCUGUAUUUGUCAAUUGUUUUUUAGAAAACUAUUUAUUUCAGUACAUUGGUAUGAUUAUGAACCAUGGAACAAUAUAGAAACGAAACUCGAUCAGCUGAUUGGGGGGGGGUCUUGUUUACCUAUGAUCUGAAGUCUGAGCCUCCGAAAAACAUGAAAAUAAGCGAUGAUGAUUCGGAUAAAAAAGAAUAUUGGAAAUUAAACGCCUUCUAUGUCAUCAUGGACUCAAUUAUUUGCAGUAUGAAAAUACGAUUUUCUGAAUAAAGUUUAUGCCUUGCUACUUCUGCUGAUAGACUAAUGCAAUUUGAUUAUGAAGGAAGCUCAUUCCUGGUUGAACAUUAUAAGGAUAUAUUAAACAUUAACGAAAAAAAUUUAAAAAGCGAAAUGUUGGUGUUCAAAAAUAUUAUUGGUGAUAAUAUAAAGGACUUCAAUUUUAUAAAAGAAAAUUUGAAUAAAAAAGUGUUUCCAAAUUUAUAUUUAAUGGUACAAGUAGCCAUUACUUUGCCGAUUUCAUCCGCCACAUCAGAACGCUCUUUUUCAGCUAUGAGGAGGAUAAACACAUAUUUACGGUCCACAAUGAACCAAGAUCGGUUUAGUAACCUAUCAAUACUCCAUAUUGAAAAAGACAUUGAGAUUCCAAUUGAACAAAUAUUAAAAAUAUUUAUUGAUAAAAAUAAAAGAAAAAUGAAACUUUGAAUAAAUAAAUAGAUUUUGUUGUUGUGUACUUGUGUUAUUAUAUUUUUUGGUGAAUUUUUAGGGGGUGUGGGGGCAUCGCCCCCACGGGUUACUUUUCAUAUAAUGUCAGGUGGGGGCUACAGCCCCCCCAACAUUUUAGCCCUAGUUGCGCCACUGCGGCCUCGCCAGUCGUCG